CGCACUCUCGUUUUCAAAGGAAUCAACCCGCAACACCAAGAAGCCCAGAUCCGAUCAAUUAGGCACUCUGUUAGUUCUGAGAAACCUUUGCAUGCUCCUAUAAAGCCUUGUAGAGACACAUACGAAGAGGAACAGGAUCUUACAAAGAGUGAAGGCAAAGCAGAAGCCAUUUUCCCAAGCACGCUAAUUGGAUUUGAGAUAUAUUUUUCAAUCUUGGCAAUGUUACAU